AUGACAGAGAGAGUGAGCGCGCGAGCGAGAGACACAGAGCAUGCGCGACGGAGUGCAAGACAGAGUGAGCGGGUGACAGAGAGAGCGAGAGAGAGAGCACAAAGAGAGAGAGCGCGACAGAGAGAGAGAGUGCGCGACAGAGAGAGGGAGAUAGAGAGGAGUCUGAGAGAGAGAGGGCGAGACAGAGAUAGAGAGAGAGAGAGACGGAGAGCGAGAGCACGUGACAGAGAGCAAGAGCGUGCACGGCAGAAAGAGAGAGAGAGCAACAGCACAUGA